CGAGUGUCUGGGUACCUGGCUUGCCUAUGCUGCCAAACCACUGUCUGUGGGGACAGACAGACCAGCAUCGCUCAAUGGGACGACGGGCCCCUAACGGACUGACGGUCACAAAACAGCAGCUGCUACAGACUGCCAUCGCACCAUCGUGACACUGCUCAUACUGAAGCAGUGUGUGUGUUAAAGGACUAUAUCAAAGGAAUAUUAACGUUUUUUUACUGUAACGGAGAACUUGGACUUAUUUCUUUCAUAUCAACUGAAAGGUAACGUAAUCAACAAAUGAAUAUAUUUAUUAUUUCUAUUAAAUGUCUUGCCCGUUUCUGCCAUGUGGUGAAAUGAUGUAAAACAGGCUUAUACGUUAUCUAAUACAGGCACUGUGCUAUGCAGUUGAAAAGCUAGAAAGAAAAAAAAAGUGAAAACAUCAAAUUAUGUAAUACAGUGCAGGAGAGGCCCCAGAUUGUUACUCAACACCGAGAUGUUUUAGGUCCCUCGUCAUGGAAAAAGACUGAAGUCUUGUCAUAUUUUAUUAGCGUAUAGACGGUUAACAAUAGCAACAAAGACAUUCUUUCAGUGUGAUUUAUUGUUUUAUUUUUGUCUUCCUUGAACAACUACAAAACACACGUUCUCGGAACAAAGUUUAACUUUGAAAAGAAAUAUGAACAAUGCAGUAAGGCUAAGAUAGUUUUCCUCUUCUGCCCACGCUUGGUUUAGAAGACUGUAAAUGAAAAAGUGUCGGACGUUAUCUGAAUUCCGAGGUCACUACGUAGACAAACCUGUUAAGGGGAAGAACGUGCAUAUUCAUAGAACAUUGUUAAAGGCCUGCAGUACAUAGAUUGAAGUCAGUUAAAUCUACAUGUUGGAUCGAUAGGUGAUUUCUGAAAAGGGAUUUACUUGCAUUUGAACAUCGUUGUAGAGACCCUCGAAAGAUCAUGAUGAGGUGGCUAUUUCUAAUCAAUGUUCUGAUGUCAGUGCUCUAUCCAGGACAGCCUGCAAGCUUCACGUACGAUGGAAUAGGAUAUUUGAGCGAUGGUGAAUCUGUUGAAUGGAUUGGAAGUAGGCCUAAUAAGCCGAAAUGUAUUGAUAUACCUAAAAACUUAACUCUGUGCAAGGGGAUAGGCUAUACGGAAAUGAGACUGCCCAAUCUCCUGCAUCACGAUACUCUUAAUGAGGCGAUUCAGCAAUCUAAAUCAUGGGUGUCCCUUCCGCGGAUACAUUGCCACCCAGACACCCAACUUUUUCUCUGCUCCCUCUUUUCACCAGUCUGUCUAGAGCGGACCAUCAAGCCCUGUAGGUCACUCUGUGAAAGUGUCAAGGCUGGCUGUGAAUCUAAGAUGCUCUAUUAUGGAUAUUUGUGGCCUGAUAUGGUCCGAUGUGACAAGUUUCCAGACGAUUCGGACCUUUGCAUAAAACCGCAACACAAUGCCACAACAACACAAAAUGUGUGUGAUGCAUGUAACCAACCUCCUACAUUAGAGGGAAUCGUGGACAACCACUGUCGUGCCCAGUUCGUCGCAAAGGUCAAAGUGCGAAAGAUAAAGUUGAAAAGACUAUCCAAAAUAUUGAUUCUCAAGAAGAAAAAGAAAUUUUAUAAACAAGGCACUUUGACCAAACGAGAGAAGAGAAAACUGAACUUGGUGAUCGAAAACGGAGCCCAGUGUGAGUGUGCCACAGUCAAUACAAGCAGAAGUGAUUCAUUCAUUAUAAUGGGGAACAAAACGGAAUCCGGAGUUUUCACAGUGUCCUAUAUCAGUCCUUGGAGGAAAGACAGGGAGUUCAAACGAGCGCUCCGGAAAAUAAAAGGUGAUUUUGAUUGCAGUAAGAUUAUAGAAAUAAUUGAACAGCCAGGGGGGAAUAACCCUACUCCUCCAAUGAAAGGAGGAGGUGGUAAAGGCGGUAAUAAGAGGGGUAAUAGGAACCGCCCUAAAAAGAAUAGGAAGAAAAAUAGGAAGAAAAACCGUCGACGGAAGGAAAAUAGAGGAAAGGGGCGUGGUCGUAAAAGGUCAAACACUCCUCAGACUACUGAAACCAACACAAGUGGUUGACGUCGCACGUACAUGUGGUCAAACAGGCAUAAUGUGUGACAAUGGGUGAGCUGUCUUUCAAGCCAAGAGUUGGUGCGCAAAAUACUGCAUGGAAAAAUUGGAAAUAUUAUCGAAACAUUUUGUUUUCAAAUGGACUACAUAUGUUGUUUAAAAAAUGAAAUCUGUGAUAGUGGAUCUACGCGUGUUUGAAUUCCAAGAUAUAACGUUUAAUGUGAGAUGUGUCUUUUAUAAUUAUAGCCUAUAAUGUAUUGCAGGCAAAACUACCUGUCGAGCUGGAAGUAUGAGGACCGAGUUAUUUGGGUAAGGACCAACAGGCUAGUGUUGCACUUUGAAUUCUUACACCAGAAAGAUCAGGGGUUGUGCUAUAUUAUGUAUAAUGCCAAUGAUUGGUAUGGAUUUGCCAGUUUGAUCCAAAAGCAAAAGACAUGAAAUAGGAUUAAAAUGUGUAAAUCCACCCAUCCAUGAACAAUUGUGAAUGACGUCAAGGUACAUAUAUGGCUAAUUCCUUGUAAGCAGCACGUCCUCUCUGUCACGUGUAUUACAUACCAUUUGGAUGGGUUACACGUGAAUGAUUCUUUCUUGGCUAAUAGAUUUCAGAGUGUACAAACGACUCGAGCCGACUAGAAGGUGACCCCGUACACUGUAAUUUACCGAUUUCAAAACCGUUUAACGAUGCCUUUGUCUUUUAAUUUUAUUUUGUAUUUGUCUUGUAAAAUCAAUCAUGAUACUAUGAUAUUUUUGCUUUUAAUUGUUUUUGCACGUACAGCAUUGUAAUGUACAAAGCACCCAGCACGGAACUCAUUCAAGUGUGUAGUUGUCCUAUGUAGAACAUAUCACAGCGUGGGAACGCGCGCUCCACAGGACAUCGCCAUACAGGAUGGCUUUAGGAAAAGCGCGAAAAGUUUCAGUGAAAAUGUUUUUCUGGUAUUUUCGUUGGUGUCACAAGAGGUAUUAGGGUGGGAUGAAUAAAAUACCAUACGAGAAAAUACUGUUAUAAGAUGAAUAUCGGUCGAGGAGAACUAACGAGUAGAAAUUAUCGUAUCCCUGUAAUAGCAUCAGAUGUAGUUUUACAUAACCUAUCAAAAUAUGUCUCGUACAUCUAUUGUAGAAUAUCUGGCGGAGAAUUUGAUCGGCUUUAUUCUUUUGCGAUUCUGAAAGAUUUCAGUUUUACAGAGAUGGGACGCGACUUAUAUAUAGAGAGAAUAGAUGUGCUUAAAACAUUAUGGUGAGAAUUUGUAUGUUCCAUCUUUAUUCUUUAAUAAAAACGAUUCGUUUCACAACAAGUUCAACUUCUUACUUCAUACAAUUUUCACGUUAACCCUACAGAUGUUCAUAUCACGUUUUCAUCGUUAGUUGGACGGUAUACCAAAUACUGUACAUGGGAAACGUACAUGAGACAUGUAUAUAUUGUGUGAUAGUUUUUUGUCCACUGUUUAAUUAUUAUGUCCUCGUUUGUUACCCUUCCUUACACGUAACACGUUACCCUACACCAAGUCCUAAGCCAUAUCAGUAAAGCCCAAUACGGCCACUAUAUGCCGUUAUGCAUCAUGUCCUCACCUAUUGCACCUAACUGAAAAACACGUCCCCUGCACCGUUUAAUUGUAUAGAAAAGGAGACUUGUUAAACACGAAUUUCUUUCGCACGACACCCAUAAUUCAUGAUUAACACUUGAAAUGUAAUUCAAUACAUUAUAUUUGGAAAACAUAUUCACAUUCUUAAAGUUUCAAACUACUGAUGAUAUAAGAAAUUCUUCCAUGGGCCUUUUAUUGAAAUUGCUAUAUAAAUGAAAUCUGUACAAAUUUCAAGACUUUUUUUUAUAGUUAUUAAUUAAAUUGUUAAAUGAACUAUCACAUUAAAUAGCUGCAUAUCUACAAAUAUCCGUGAUAGUUGUUCUAAUAUUGAACAAGUGUGUAAUUUUUCAUAUAUUGUAUUCAUCAAUUUUCUGACAUUAUUUUUAGCAGUUGUCAGAUAUAUUUUUUUUAAAGGGGCAAUACAAACGACACCAUACUUGUGUGGAUACAGUAGCGCUAAUAUUUCGCAGCAUUUAAUUUCAGAUUUUUUUUCUGUUGUGAAUUUGUGCUUGAAUUUUGACAAUUAUGCUGAUAUGUAUCUGAAUAUUUAUAUACAGCACUUUCAAAUAUUUUUAUUGCAAUUCGCUUAAUAUUAGGCGCUAUGCACAGUAGUAUACUUUUCUGUCAUAUUUAAAAGUGAAAUAUUCGCGCUAUAAUGUAUAGCUUGUACACUAAUGGUAAUUAUUUUCAGAAAAAAAGAAUAUUAUUCAUGAAACAUUCUUAUAACACGAUGAUUGUACAAAAGACACAUGAGUGAAUAGCACAUUUCAAUACAAGUUUGGAGUUAAAUACAGUAGAGCCAAUCAAUAAAUUCAACUGCAUCAUAAGAUUUUAUUACGAACAUUCUUAAUUCGAUUUUGCUCGAGAUAAACGAAAGUCGUGGUAGCUGAAAUUAUCAAAUCAUAUUGAAUUCCAAGUAAUGAGGUCAAAAUAACAGUGUUUAACUUUACAUUUGAUCUAACUUUAUUUUUAUUGAGAAUAUGUUGGACAUGUUUUACCUUUUUAUAAUAUCGAUGUAAACACAGGAAUUCUAACAUAAUAUGGAAACUGGAACUGAAGUAAAAGUUGGUGAAUAUUACCAAUACAUGCCUCAUAUCAAAUACAUCAACUAUUACUCACACACUCUAUUGAUUUAAAUCUUAUCUUUCUUUCUGGAAUUUGUCUGUGGAAAACGUUGGAAUGUAUUUUGACAGCGAUGUUAAUAUUUCUCAAUCGUGAUUUUAUCCAAACGAGAAAAAUUCUACUUGAGUUGAUAUAUCACUACUUAUAUGAGAAUGUACAUUAAUAUGCUUCAAACUGUAAGGAAUUUCUGGAAACAUGUUUAAUUCGAUGUAAAUGUAUAUGAAAUAUUGGCUUCCACUUAUUUUUGCCAGGGAUUUCUCUUGUUUGAAAGUAGAAAAAGCUGUUUCUUAUAUUUCAGCUUAAAGCGAUAUGAAAUUUCUUUAUUACUUCUGGAAUAGAUAAGAAUACUGAAUUCCCAAAAUAUUAGCUUUAAUAACCAUUCAAGUACAUGUACUACGAGCAAAUUGGAAAUGUAACAUACUUGCUCACCAGUAUUCAUCUGUUACGUUCUAGAUUUCAUUCACUAAAUAAUUUAAGAUAUGCAAUGCCUUUUCCCUUAACCAAUAUGCAGUAUUUCGAUUCUCUUGAAGUUUUGAAAAUAUAUGAAAGGAAUUUAUAAACAUUUCAGGACACCCGUACGUAGGUUGAUGAUUUCGGCAUGACUUUAUUGGCUAGUCUUAAAAUAAAACAUCAAGUGACGAUGUUUUCUUUCAAUUGUGACGUCACAGUUUACGGGAAUCGUUUAUCCAUCACAAACGAGGAAAACACCUUUCCAAACCCAAGGACUGGUUAACAUAUUAUCCUCGUAGGUUUACUAUCAACUUGUAUAAAGUAUGUUGUAAAUUUUGUGCCUAACUCAGCAAACUCUGUGUCUUUAUACUGCUUGAAAAUUAAUUAGUACUGAUUUGGUAAACACAAUAAGCAACCAAGAUUUGUAGGAAUUUGGUAUGGUCAUGUAUUGUUGAUGUACAGAAUGAUACACAUGCAUCGCCUAUCAGUGAGCCUGAUUCAUGUUGUAUCAACUUCAUAAUCACGGUGUUUGGAUACUGAAACGUGACAAACAACAUGGAGAUUGCCUAAUUUGUCAUUGAUAUAUACAUCACAGAAAUAGUAAGGUAGCAUUGCUUUCAAUUGUAGACAACCAUCUGGAACCUUUUUAGAAAUAUUUCGACUGUUCCGUACCUUGUUUGACUAAUAGAGUGACUUUGAUCCUUGGAACAUUUAUAGAAUAUCUACUUUGUGUAAAUGUUUGUAUCAGAUUUAUAAUAUUGUUUCUUUAUGUUUUUCUUAUUACUUUGAUGUCAAUAAUCAACAUUAUUUCAGAUGCAAAUAAACCUAUUUAUGAAGUCGUACUACAGUUA